AUGUCUGAGAAGUUAAAUACCACACUCCUAGAUUUAAUUACUUGUAAUUUUGGAGUUGAUCGAUAUAAUGCCACGGCUCUAGAACAGAAGGAAAUUGAAACUGCAUUGAAGUGGGCAAGAAACGCGUGCUCUCAUCAUCAUACAGCAACUUAUGCACCAUCAGUUUACGAAGGAUAUGACAGAAUAAUUGAACGCUUUAAUGUUUUAGGGCGUACAGAUCUAGGUGAUAUGCUGGAGGAGCGUGUCAAGACUUUGGACAAAAGUAACUACACCACAGCACAAGUGCUUGUCACGCUUUAUCAUUUGACUAAAAAUCCAGAAAAGACUCUUCCAUGGCGUCCAAAAAUAAACGCGGAUGAAAAAUCAACCAAGGAGAUAACAUGGGAAGAUAUAAUAAAGGAUGACCCAUUACCUCUAAAUGAAGAGUACUGGAAGGAUAAUCUAAGUGAUGAUGAAUCAUCUCAGGAAAGUAUGGAGGACGAGCCUGAAAAGCUUAGUCCUGUAGAGCCUGAAUUAGAAACAGACGAUAGCGAUUUUAGUUUAAUUCUUGACGGCUUGACAUUGGAGGAUGAAGAACAACUGCCGGAUCGGUUUGCGAGUGUUGAUAUUCCAGCUCUAGAAGUAGAGUAUCGUGCACUUUAUGAGAGCAGGUUUUGGAACAAUCCAGGAGGCAUACAUAUUGAUGAAGCAACAGCCAUUCGUGAAGCAAUUUUUUCAUUACGAGGAAACAAAUCUCUGGCAUUUGUUCCUGGUGUACAAAUCACGGGCCUGUCAUUGCAAAUGACGUUUAGCAUUCUACAGAUCAUUGCAAAGUAUACUAAAGAAGUCAAUGUUCUUCGAAGGGUUUACAACAUCGAAGGUAUAGAUCGCGCACCAUUGUCUGUAUUUUGUGUGGCUCUUGAAAGCAUUGUUUUUAAAGAUCUCAACGCGGCUCUGGACCAGUACGAGGUGGAUCUUAUUGACUACUCUAAUGGAAGCAAUCCCAGAAACAUGGCUGUUUCUAUCUUUACGUUUUUAGAGCAACUGCGGCUUGUAGUACUACCAUGGCUCCACUUGACUCCUAUAGUACAACACCUUAUUGAAUGUCCUCAAGACACACCUCCAGCCGAACAAUUUUCCAAACUACUUGACGAGCUUUAUGGAGUUACUAACUUUGCUUUCUCGGCAAUUUCACAUGAUGAGGAACCUUCUUCUCCAGGAAUAUACACAUUCGAUCGGUUGUUUUUAAUAUUUAACAAGGCUUUUGGGUAUUAUGGCCAUACAAUUCAGGAUUGGAUAGAAGGAGAAAACACCAGCUUAUUUGUUAAGGAGCCCUCAUCAGAACACACAUAUUUUUGGGAACAAAAAUAUUUAGAAACUGAAUCUCAUGUCCCCUUAUUUUUAAACCGUGCAACAUGUCAGAAAAUUUACGAAGCCGGACUUUCGACUCAGCUACUGCGAUUGGUAAAUAGAAGCGCUCGUAUUGAAUGUGCAGUACAAAGUCGACCUAUAUCGAAUUUGUUGCCUCCAGAUAUUAGCUCACCAGAACAAACAAACACACAGGAAUGGUGGGCUGGAUUCCAAAGUAACUUGAACCAGUGGGCAGAGGAAUCCCACACAGCCAUCACGCGGGAACUUAUGGCACAAUUAUAUUCAAAAAGUAGUAAAAAAAGUCUACCACAAUUUCUUGCACAGUACAUAUCUGUGUACUUUAUGCUUGAUCUUCAAAGUCAAACAACACCAUUACAGUUCUCUGCGGCAAGCCAGGCUUUGGAUUUUGCGCAGCAUUUGUUUGAUCACCUGGAAACAUGGGCAUUUAGUACGGUAGAACGCUGGCGAGAACCAGAUAAGUACCUUGUACAAGACGAAUUUGAAGAAUCAGUGCGGCGUGCAGCCUCGACUGUGGACUCUGAUUUGUGUCCUAAACUACUGGUUCUUAGUCAAACAGAAAUUGGGCCUAAUGAUGAGGAGGAUAGUGACCAUAGUGUGAUUGAUGAUGAUGAUGAUGAUGAUGAUGAUGAUGAUGAUGAUAAAGACGGUGGUGGAAAUGCACGACGCGCUCUGGCAUAUCUUGCUCGACUUCGAGUUGCGUAUCCAACACCGUGGAUAGGUAAAGAAGUAAUUCGAGACCACGCACCAACUUAUCAUCGUGUAUGGGCAUUACUUCAGCAGUUGGCAUGGGCUUCACGUGUUGCACAGCGUGUACAUGGAGAAAAUCUGACUACUCUUCGCAUUUUACAACAGACCCAGGCUCUUGAUAGAAAAAAUACACCACCUAGAAGACGAGUUUCAGGUGUAGUAUCUCCAGAAAGUGCAGCAGCUGGUGUUUGUCGAGCCACACAUGCAGCUGUGAUAUUUCUUGGAACAGUACAAGGGUAUCUUCAUGAUGCAGUGCUUGCAAUUCUUGGGCGUGAAGUGCUUUCAACUGUUGAAGUAAAGCCUGGACAAUCAAAAUAUUUAUCAUUUCAAGCAGUUGUUGGAAGCCACGAUUUAUUUUUGCAAUCAGUAUGUGACCGGUGUUUUUUGCCAAUUGUUGGAGAAGACAGUAGUAACUCACGGGAAUUGUACAUUAGAAACGUUCGAAAUGCAUUAAGAAGAAUCUUAAAGUAUUGUGCAGUUACGCUAGUUGUUGACCGAGAAGAGCGAUUUUAUACAAACAUUAGAUACUUUGAAGGUCUUGUCAAGAGUUUACGCAAAGCACUCAACCUUGCUUUAAACAAUGUUACAUUUGGACGGCCUGAAGAUCAUAUAGCUAUCCAACGAUUUCUACAUAGAUUGUAA